AUGGGUCAUUAUAAAGUAGUAACAUGUCAAAAUAUUAUUGAUAAUAAAGCGAUUUUCAGGAUAUUUAUUAGCAUUGUACAAGUAGAUAAUUUUGGUCAAUGUGAAGAUGAUAAUAAAAUAAUUGAUCUUAAUAAUAUAUCAUUAGAAGAUCAAUUUACAUAUAGUAAAAUUCAAAUUGAUAAUGGAGAUAGAUGGUUUUUUGAACAUCCAUUACAAAGAUGGAUAUCAACUGUAAAAAAUGUAGAAUCUUUUACUAAGAAUCGUAAAAUAUUUAAAAAAUUUUAUUUUGAAGAAGAAAUAAAUGUUUAUUUAGGAGAUCAACCUUAUAAUAUUACAUAG